AUGUUUAGCAAAGGAUUUAAAGUAGUUCAUUUUAAGAUUCACUCAAAUAUAUCUAGUAGAAUCACUGAUAAAUUAUUCAACGUUAGUUAAACUAUUAUAAGAUAAAGACCAUCCCUUGUAGCUGUUUCAAUAAACUCAGAUGGAGGAAGCAUAACUUAAGCUAAGAAUAUUGUGUCUAUUUUGAAGGAUAUUUCAUAUAAAACAUCAGCUCCUAUUUAUACUUUUGGUGAAGACAGAGUUUUUGGAGCAGCAAAUAUAGUGUUAGUAGGAGCUAAUAGGUGCUUUUCUUCUAAACAUUCUAUGAUUGGCUAGUUUGGAUUCUCUCAAAUUAUUACUGAAACAUCUGAAUUUAAUAAAGAAUAUGGUAUUGCUACUACUUAUUGCUCAGAAGCAACUAAGGGUAAAAAAUUAGAUAGCAACACUCCUUUUACUGAAGAAGACAAAAAAUGGAUCAACAACGUAUUGAGCGACAGAGAAGAAGAAUUAAAAAAAGAACUCAUAAAAUUAAGAGCUGAAAAGUUCCAUGAAAAAAACCUCUCAAAUGAAUAAUUAAACUCAAGCUUAUUCCAAAAAGAUAUAGUCUUUGGAUAAGAGGCAUAAAAUUUAGGAUUUAUUGAUGGUGUUGCUACAUUUGAAUAAAUUGUUAAUACCGAGUUCCCAGACGCUAAAGUCAAGCUUGUAGUUAAUAGACGUCUUUUCGGCUAUGGAGAUUCUGCUUAUGUCCCAGGAAUUUUCGAUUAUUUUUCUCCCCUUGCUUUAUAAGUUAUGAACAUGAAAGUUUGA